AUGUCUCAACAUUUUCGCGCCAUAAUUUAUUACAACUUUCAGAGACAAUUAUCGCAACAAGAAUGUCUUGCUGAGUUACUGUCUGUUUUCGACAACGAAGCGCCACAUCAGUCGACAAUUUCGCGUUGUCUUAGCGACGAUCCCAGGGUGGGUGCACCGAACACGGCAGUCACCCAGGAAGACGUCGAUGCUAUGCGCAAACUCAUCAUUGAAGAUAGACAUGCGUCCUUGAAGAUCUCAAAGACCUCAAUUCAAAAAAAUUUACAUGAAGAAUUAGGAGUAAGCAAAUUAGUUUCUCCAGCCAGGGUUAAGUGGUGUCAAAGGACGCUUGACCGUUUCAAUUCCGGAAACUCAAAAAAUGUGUACAGCAUUGUUAGUGGUGAUGAAUCGUGGAUUUACUGUUAUGAACCAGAAAAUAAACGACAGUCGGCUGUUUGGGUGUUCCAAGGUGAAGAAAAGCCAACAAUAGUCAUCCGUUCUCGAAGUGUUUCGAAAAAGAUGGUCGCGACAUUUGUGUCAAAAGCGGGUCAUAUUGCAACAAUUCCUCUUAAUGAGCAAAGAACUGUUACUGCGGAUUGGUAUACCACCACUUGUUUGCCAAAAGUCAUCACCGAGCUUCGAAAAAUCAACCCCGAAAGAAGAAUCAUCCUCCACCAAGACAAUGCAAGCUCGCACACAGCCCAAAAAACAAGGCAACGUAGAAUUAUUGGACCAUCCUCCAUACAACUGCGUGGUCAAAGGUUCCAGUCACCAGAAGAAGCAAGGAAUAGGUGCUUCGAAAAUUGGUUCGAGCGCAUGCAGAUGUGUAUUAAUCUUCGUGGAGAAUACUUCGAAAAACAAUAA